AUGUCUUCAGAAGCUCCCAUCGCCCUUCUUUCCGUUUAUGACAAAACUGGUCUCCUGCCCUUCGCCAAGGGACUCAAGGAGUUGGGCUUCAGAUUACUCGGUAGUGGAGGAACCGCCAAAUUGAUCCGAGAGAAUGGUUUAGAGAUCGAGGACGUCUCAAGCAUCACUAAAGCUCCCGAGAUGCUCGGUGGUCGGGUCAAAACUCUUCAUCCUGCCGUUCACGGAGGUAUCCUCUCACGAGACAUUCCAUCUGAUCUUGCUGAUCUUACAGCCAAUUCCAUUUCCCCCAUCACUUUAGUCGUUUGCAACCUUUACCCAUUCGUACUUCAAACCUCAAAACCUGAUUGUACACUUGCAGGAGCAAUUGAAGAGAUUGACAUCGGAGGAGUAACGUUAUUGAGAGCAGCGGCCAAGAAUCAUGGACGAGUCUCAAUCAUCUCAUCACCAUCAGAUUAUGAGACUAUUAUUUCCGAGAUCAAGUCAAAUGGAAAAGUAUCAGAGGAGACUAGAAGAGGAUUAGCAAUCAAAGCAUUCGAAGAUACCAAAUCAUACGAUGAAGCUAUCAGCGAUUACUUUAGAAAGGUUUAUGCUACUCCUGGUACAGAAGAUGAUAUGAAAGCUGGUGCUGGUGUGGGUUAUCAAAGAUUACAAUUGAGAUACGGUGCCAACCCUCAUCAAAAACCUGCUCAAGCUUUCGUCGAAAAAGGUGAAAUGCCAAUAAAGACACUUUCCGGAUCUCCUGGUUACAUCAACCUUCUUGAUGCUCUCAACUCAUGGGCUCUCGUCAAAGAGCUCGCCGCUGCUCUGGAUCUCCCCGCUGCUGCCUCUUUCAAGCAUGUCUCACCUGCCGGUGCGGCUGUCGGUCUCCCUCUUGAUGAGCGGGCUGCCAAGGUUUUCGGCGUAGAUGACUUGAAAGAUCUCUCUCCUUUGGCUUGUGCUUAUGCUCGUGCUCGAGGCGCCGACAGAAUGUCCUCUUUCGGUGAUUGGGUCGCUCUCUCUCACACUGUUGAUGUGCCCACCGCCAAAAUCAUUUCUCGAGAAGUAUCAGACGGUGUCAUUGCACCCGGAUAUGAGCCCGAAGCAUUAGCAAUUUUGAGCAAGAAGAAGGGCGGUAAAUACUGUGUCCUCCAAAUGGACCCAGACUUUGUCCCCUCUGAAAUUGAGACUCGACAAGUCUACGGUAUAUCACUCCAACAAAAACGAAACGACUGCAAGAUCGACGCAUCAUUAUUCGAAAACGUCGUCACCGAAAACAAAGAUUUACCUAAAUCCGCCAUCAUCGAUCUCAUCGUAGCCACCCUUGCUCUCAAAUACACACAAUCCAAUUCCGUUUGUUACGCAUUGAACGGUACCAUCAUCGGACUUGGUGCAGGUCAACAGUCAAGAAUCCACUGUACCCGAUUGGCGGGUGAUAAAGCGGAUAACUGGUGGAUAAGACAUCACCCUAAAGUUCUCGCUCUUCCUUUCAAGAAAGGAACCAAACGAGCGGACAAAGCCAACGCUAUCGAUUUGUUCGUUACCGGACAAGCAUUUGACGCUGAGGGUGGUGAACGAGCACAAUGGGAAUCUUUAUUCGAUUCAACACCUGAACCUUUGACCAAAGAGGAGAAGAAGCAACAUUUGGCUGAAUUAAAAGGAGUAGCUUGCUCUUCAGACGCUUUCUUCCCCUUCCCAGACAACGUUCACCGAGCAAAGAGAAGUGGUGCAACUUAUUUAGCUGCUCCAAGUGGAAGUAUAAUGGAUAAGGAGUGCAUCAAAGCUGCGGAUGAGAACAACUUGGUCUUUGUUCACCACAACUUGAGAUUGGUAAGUUCCAUACCACCAUUUUCAUGA